AUGCCGGCUGAUCUGUCGAUGUUUACUAUCCGUCUCGCAUUGACGGAGCAGGAACAAGAACAUAUGCGAGCCUCCUUUGGGCACUGGGGAAAGGGUCACGAGUGGGAGGCUUACGUCGAGGAGGGGAAACGAUGCCGCAUGUCCGGAGCAUGGAUGGAGGACGGUGGAAAUCAGUGCUGGGUUUUGGUCAAGAAAGACGAAUAUGAUGGAGCCAUCUACUCGGGCUGUGAGACCUGGCGACGCAAGACUCUGUUGAAGCAUCACGACGGCGAAAUGAGCGAUGUUGUGACGUACAGCAUCGCAUCCGUGGUCACCCCAAUCGAGCAUCGCCACAAGGGCUUUGCUACUCGCCUACUCCAACUUCUUCACUACCACCUCGCCUCGCCAUCGACUAUCCCUCCCUUCCCAUCGAGCUGGGGCACACCUCCUCCCCCUCUUUCCGACAAAGACCGCGCUCAAAUCCCCAUCGCUCUCGCAAGCGUGCUCUACUCGGACGUCGGACAUCAGUUCUAUAAGCGCUGCACGAUCGGUCUCGACCGACCAGGCUGGGUGGUGAACAUGGAGGACCACUGUCAACUUAUCACCUACCCACUAUCGCCGGGAAUUCUCGCCUACAUCCCCUCUCGCGUGCUCCGACCUCGUGCCAAGGACUUUGCCCACGUCUUUGACACGGAACCAUGCCGUAUCCGGCUCUCUUCUCUCAAGCCGGACAGAAGAGACACCAUCGUCCUCUUUGCCAACUCCAUGGGCAAGAUCAGUCGCGGUCUACUCGUCACAUACGUCCAUAAUCUGCACCCGGAGCAGCUCCCAGCGCUGCUCGACGCGCUGGACGAGGCGGGAGCUAUGGCUGGGCUGGAUGAAGGGAUGGUUUGGGGCAUACACCCGGAGAGUGAGCUGGGAAGGGCGUGGGUUAGGCAGGAGGGGAGAGGGGCGGUGGCGCGCACGAGGCCGGAGAAGGAUGGGCAUUUGCUUGGGGUCGCGUGGUACGGCGGGAAGCCGGAGGAGCAGGCGGUACUCGCAGACACCCAGAUGUUCAGUUGGUGUUGA